CUCUCUCUGCUCCUGCCGGAUGCGAUGGCGAUUCCGCCGCGGACUCCUUCCCCGCCGCCAUCGUGGUCGCGCUCUGUAACCGAGACCGUUCGGGGGUCCCACCAGUUCACCGUACGGGGCUACUCCCUCGCCAAGGGCAUGGGCCCCGGCCGCUACCUCGCCAGCGACGUCUUCGCCGUCGGAGGAUACCACUGGGCCGUCUACCUCUACCCCGACGGCAAGAACGCCGAGGACAACUCCAACUACGUCUCCGUUUUCGUCGCCCUCGCUUCCGACGGCAUCGACGUCCGAGCCCUCUUCGAGCUCACCCUCCUCGACCAGUCCGGCCGCGGCUGCCACAAGGUUCACUCGCACUUUGACCGCUCGCUCAAGUUCGGCCCAUACACCCUCAAGUACAGGGGAUCCAUGUGGGGUUACAAGCGCUUCUACAAAAGAACACUCUUGGAAGAAUCUGAUUUCUUAAAGAAUGAUUGCCUAGUGAUGAACUGCACAGUAGGUGUUGUCAAGAACCGUAUAGAAACACCAAAGGACAUCCAGAUUCAUGUUCCACGAUCAGACAUGGGCCGCUGCUUCAAGGAGCUCCUCAGCCGCUGCAUUGGAUGUGACAUAACAUUCGAAGUGCGAGAUGAGAAAGUCAGGGCACACAAGUGGAUUCUUGCUGCUCGCUCCCCAGUAUUUAAAGCCCAGUUCUUUGGUCCUAUUGGAAAGCCUGACCUGCACACGGUUGUUGUGGAGGAUGUGGAACCUGUUGUCUUCAAGGCAAUGGUGAACUUCAUUUACGCUGAUGAACUCCCCAGCAUUCCUGAGCUAGCUGGGUCUGCCUCAACGUGGACAUCAACAGUAGUAGUACAGCAUUUGUUGGCAGCAGCUGAUAGAUAUGGACUGGUCCGUCUGCGUAUCCUGUGUGAAUCAAAGCUCUGUGAUGAACUGACUCCUGAAACUGUCGCAACAACUUUAGCCCUUGCUGAACAGCACCAUUGUGCUGAGCUGAAGUCUGCAUGUCUAAAGUUCAUUGCUUUGCGAGGAAAUUUGGGAGCUGUUAUGGAGACGGAAGGCUUUGAUUACCUGGAGGAUACAUGCCCGUCCCUACUAUCUGACUUGUUAGCUACUGUGGCAGUCGUGGACGACGAUCUUGCAUCCCUUAACCGAAAAAGGGGAGUCAGCGGGAACCAAGUCAUGGCUCUAGUGGGAAGCGUUGAAAGGCGCACCCGGAGGAAGCUUUAGUAGCUGGCUUCCCUAGAGGGAGACUGUAGUUGACAACGAUUUGAUUUGGACGCUGGUAGCUGUGAAUAAUAUCGUAUCCAGAUGAUUUUUUUUUUUUUUUUGCAGAAGCAGAAGUUGUAAAUUUUUUGAAUUGAAUGCCUUUUUUUUUCCUGUUUGGGACCCUUCCUUACGUAAAGUUCUAGCUUUUAUACUGUUUUCAAUACCCUAAAUUGUCCCCUACCCUACCCUAUAUUUAGAGAAGAUUCUUCUCUAAGCUGCAGCACUGUCCAGAUUCUCUCUCUUUUUUUCUCUAUCCAUUUUAAUACUUUAAAAAGAGGAUUAAGUCAAACUAAUAUUAUAUAUAUAGGACAUUUAAGGGUAUUGAUAAUAAAUAUGUACAAAAAACUAGAGCAAAUAUGUCCCUAACAUAUGUAUUUAACAUAC